CCACUACUACCGUUGAUGGAAGUCGCUGCCGUCGCCAAACCACCGCGCCGCCGUAGCUGUCUCCGAGAAGGUCGUUGGAGCUUGCUGAGGUCUGAAGCAAUUCAUCCAUGUCAGUGCUCAUUUUUAUCCCCUGUUCUGUCUCUGCCUUUGGGUUCUGCGAGUCGUCGGAGCCCUCCGCCACCGGGAACCAACAUUCGAGCUGCCCAGGAAACCACCAUUAGAACCACUACUAUUUUGUUACUCUGCACCGCCGCAGCUGCCACCGAGGUCGUUGGUGCUUGUCAAGAGUGCUAUUCUGGUUCUGAAUUGAUUAGUUCAUGCCACUGCUGCUGCUGAGAAGUGAU